AUGAUUCGGGCUCAAAGGAGUCUACAAUAUGUAGGUAGAAGUAUUCGUGUGAAAAAUUCGGUGACUAGAAGAAUCCUGGGUCCUCAAUCCCAAAGGAAUUUCUCUCUUUCAAGCUUGAACUGGCUCCGUGGAAACAAGACCAGGAUAACCAAAGAAAUCUCAGAAGAUGAGGUAAAGAGAUUUCAAGAAAGCAAACUUAGGCAGCAGCAGCAGCAGCAAGAUCAGAAACAGUUCUACUACCAAGAGGAGCCUUCUACCGAUGCGAAAAGGUUUCAAGAUGAUCCGGCAUCUCACAGAGCUGUGUUCGAAGUUCCACCGAAUGAGAACGGGCUUAUUACCCUGGAGGAUCCGAUCUAUGACUUGCUAUCAGAGCCAACUAUUGUCAUUGAGCGUAAGGUUGAGUUUAUGAACUUGUUCUUGGGCUUUGAACAAGCCAACAGGUACACCAUUAUGAAUUCGACGGGUGAGCAAAUCGGGUACAUGGAGGAAACAGACAUGGGGAUCUUCAAGAUACUUGGUAGACAAUUUUUCAGAUUGCACAGACCCUUCGACAUAGACGUCUUUAAUAACUUUGGAGAGAAAAUAUUGACCAUCAAGAGACCAUUUUCGUUCAUUAACUCUCACAUCAAGGCGUAUUUACCAGGGUACGAUUCUCAAGGACUGCUCAUCCACGAGAUUAUAGGAGAGUCAGUGCAGAGUUGGCAUUUGUGGAGACGUAGAUACAACUUGUUCAAGUUGGAUGAUGACGAGAGCAAUGAAUACAACCAGUACGGAGAAAUAGAUGCACCAUUCUUGUCAUUUGAUUUCCCAGUUAGGAAUGGAAAUGGGGACGUAAUUGGAUCUGUUGACAGGAACUGGGUCGGACUCGGUAGAGAAAUGUUCACCGACACUGGUGUCUAUAUUGUGAGAAUGGAUCCAGCCAGUUUUGAAGGGUUGGGAGACUUAUACCCAUCUGUUGCUGGUCCCUUGACUUUAGAUCAGAGGGCAAUAUUGUUAGGUACAGCCAUUAGUAUUGACUUUGAUUACUUCUCAAGGCAUAGUAGAGGGGGUGGAGGUCUCUUCUCCUUCGGAGGUGGAGGCUACGAGUGA